AUGUCCGCGGUGAUGAGCACGCUGUCCAUGAUCAGCGGUACUCGCCGCGCGCACCGCAAGCUCGCCUGCAGUCGCAAGUCCGGUCAGUUCUCUGAUGCGGGGGAGGAGCGCUCGCGCAGCCAGCAUGACCUCCACAAGCAACAGCGAUCGGCGUCACUGCAAACUCUGGAGGCGGGCGGCGGCGGGGUCAGCAACCUCGAGAGCCUGGAGGCCAAGAUGGCCAGUAUCGAGGUGUCGCUAGCGGGGUCGCGGCGGCGCAGCGCAGGCGCACGUGACGUCAGCCGCGAGCUCGAUGCGCUGAGGACUGCACUCACAGAUAAGGACACCCUCAUACAAAGUCUAAAGAAGCAACUCAGUGCAUCGCUAAGUGCAGCGCGGCUCGCUUCCCCCACGGCAUCCAGAGCCAGCUCCCACGAGGACCACGCCACCGCCCUCUCAGCAGACGAGAGGAGGGCACUGGAGGAACGAGCCAAUGCCGUCCGGAGCGAGCUCGACACUCGCAAGGCUAACAUACAGGAACUCAGGAGACGACUUGAGAAGACACAUGUUACUGAUAACAUAGACACGCGAAUCCAGCAAGCAGAGUUGCAGUACAAGCUGGGCCGCGAGGAGCUGGAGCUGCUGACGCUGAGCGAGCAGGCGCGUGCGCUCGCGCAGCUCAUCGAGCAGGCCGACGCAGCUGCCAACCGAAAUAACCGAACUACGUUAUACAGUGCGGUGCGUGACUGUGGCGGGUGCGCGUCAGUAGUGACGGUAGAGGCUCGCGAGGGCACAUGGGGUGCAGUCCCGCGUGGCUCCGGCAUGCUCAUAGAGUGGCCUGGCGACAAUGUCGGCCUUAAGGCUGGAGACAGGCUGUUAGAAGUAAACGGCACAUCAGUGAUAGCGUGCCGCAACCAGGAGGAUCUGCAGCGCGCCACGAGUGCUGCCAACCCUGCGCGGCUCGUGCUCUUGCGCAACACUGCCACUACACACGCGCCGCAACCAGCCAAUGGCUUCACACAGAACGAAGCUGCGUCAUUACGAGCGGAGCUGGGAGCCCUACGGUCAGCAGCAGACGACGCUGAGAAAGCAAAGGAAGGCUUGCGCGCUGACAACACCAGGCUCACACACCGCAUCUCCUACCUCGAGGAACAGGUCGCCGAGCUCCUCAGCAGACACACACAGCUUCAUUCAACAAGCAGUAACGACAGCUGCAUCACAGUGAACAAGACAAAGAAGAAUGUCACUAAUAUCAACAUCACAACAGAUCCUCAUCCGAAGCCCAGUCCCAAGUCCGAAGUACAGGUGUUCCAGAAAGGUCCCGACAUUACUGCCAUCGUUGCCAAAUUACCGGGCCUCGACGGUGCAGAGAAUAACCUGCCUAUGAUAAGACCGAGGUCUAAUGCUUCAGGAGCUUCUUCCCGUGCUGCUAUAUCACCCCGAGCGUCUCCGCCCCUGAACCACAGGUCGCACAGCUCGCACAGUCUCGAACACAAAGCCGAACGAAUGCGUCACUCUCUUUCCCACCACUGUAUUCAUGGUGCAGUUGACUAUAGUGCUGAAACUGACGCAGCGAUCCGCAUGAUCGAGAGGAACCAGAGGCACAUAGAGAAACAACGAAUGAAGAACGAGAGACUGAGCAGGUCUAAGUGCGAGGACUACUUCAGGUCAGACAGCGACCUCGACAUACGGGACACGCAUUCCAGCGCCAGCGUAGACCCCAGGCACUACGAGAUAAAGAAGGCAGCAGACAGAAUAGAGGAAAGUAUAAAAAAAACCAACUGGGCUGAGAGAAAAACUCUUUCAAUAAUUGAGCAACUGAAGCGAUCACAACGGCUUCGGAAAAUGAAGAAGAACGACAGCUCAGAGGACAUUCAGCUGGAAUCUGAAAGACACUACAUGUACCACAGAAUAGACGGCAAGGUCUUAGAGAACGCUCACAAAUCCAGUAGACGGACUUCCAAACUACACUCGCGCAGUGCCAAGUCUUCCGAGUUUGAAUCCGAGUCAGACUUUCCUAACGGCGACAUGUACAGCAGCUCGCCGCGGAUAGACUAUGGCUCCGAGACGUGCUCCAGGAUGAGUCAUUACAAAAAGAAUGAUGAUAGAAAAGACAGCGACGUGAAGUCGCGACCGACGCCGCCGCGGAAGCCACUGCGGCUAUCUCUUCACAAAGCGAGAAGUGCGCACUCUUUGAUAAACGGUAGUGAGUCUGAGACUCCUAGUAGACCAGCCUCAGAGGCAAAGCAUACAGAUACCGAGUGCAAUAAGAGGCCCGUGAAGAGAACACACGCAGCCGACAAGUGGGCGCGGGAGAGGAUCCGCGACGCCGGCCGCGCCACGCCCCGACCCACGAGGAAACACCUCAACGGACUGACUGCGUGCGAGGCGCCCGCCGCAGAUGACCUCUACCCAGAAAACACACACAUGCCUGUCCGGAUAAAUGGAAUGGGGGCCAAGUGGUGUUAG